UUGCAUUGCAUGCAUAUAUAUGCGCAUGCAUUGAUUUUACUGCACUGGACGUGUCGAAGGAAUCACCAAGCUCUCACGAAUCAAAGACAAAGAAAAAAUCACAAAAUUGCGAAAAUGUCGGAGGCAUUCAACAAAGCUGCUGAGGAGGUGAAAAACCUUGUUAACAAACCGACCGACGAAGAAAUGCUAAAGGUCUAUUCUCUCUAUAAGCAGGUUACAAUAGGAGACUGCAAUACAGCUUGUCCAGGUUUUAUGGAUUUUAAGGGGAAGGCUAAAUGGAAUGCCUGGAACAACGUAAAAGGCAAAUCUAAAGAAGAUGCAGAGAAAGAAUAUAUAGCCCUAGUGGAAGGACUAAAAACAGCAUAUGGCACCAAGUAGAUAUAACAAAUUUUGUAAUGAAUCCUAAAUGUGCAAAUAGAAGUAUUAAAGAACUUUCAAAAGAGCUUUGGUAUCAAAUUAGAAAGAAUUGAUGGAACAUUUGUAGGGAGAACUUUAACGAGACCUUAUGACGAUCAAUCAACAGUUACGGGGUAGAUUGAAACUUGACUUGGUAUCACUCAAAGAGACUGAUUUGAAAUGAUUUCUCAAUCGGCAUGUUUCUAUAAAGAAUCAUUAAAAAUGGUUUAUCAUUUCCGGAAUCGAAAAACCGUAUCGCCCUUACCAACCUGUGUCUACAGAGCGAAUAAUGCAAUUAUUAACUCGCAUUGUGCGUCACGGAACACGGCAAUAACCACCUCCCAGAGGUGGUUAUGAGAAACCAUAUGCGUCUGUUUCAUUCAACAGGGAAGUUUUGGGGGAUAUUGGAUACUUACGCGGGUAAUACCGUUUAACGAGUCUCUGUAGAAACAUGCGGAAUAAAACAUGAAUAGAAAGAAUAUAUCUUUGUGGAACAAAAAUUUAAGAAAGAUGUACAUGUCCAAUUGAAUGGAAUAGAUAGCACAGUACGAAGUAUAGUAUUAUUCACAGUUUUCCAGUUGAUGUAGGAUGAUUUCUGAUUUAUAAGGAAUAAUUAUAUUUAUAAUGAAUGUGACCUUUUCUGUUUAUGCAUAUGUAUAAAUUUUGUUAUUUGUAUCUUGGGUUGUCUAGUUUUAUACAAAAUUUUCAAGAUUUUUUCUGUGUCAUUAAUUUAGAAUUUUGAUGAUACUGCCUUUUGCAUUUGAGAGUACAAAUUUUUUUAGCUGUUUAUUUGGGACCAAUGCCUGGAAUAAUGCAUUUGAUUCAGAGGAAAUAUAUGACAAGGUGUAUUAUUUCUUGGUUUUCAUUUAAUUUAAGAAAAUGUACAAUUGAUUGAUAUGAAAAAAUCAUAGAGGGUAAAAGGGAGUUCAGUUUGUUCUAUGUGCACUGCAUGUACAUAUUUUACCCAGAAGUUUAUACCAUAUUUUCCAAUGGAAAAAAGUACAUGUUAUGCUGCAUGUGGAAUGAACAAAUUUGUGAUACGUUUUGUGACCUGGAAAUAAAAAUGAGAGUUUGGGGAUUGAAUUUGAAAAUAUUUAAGGUUUAAGAAGAGUUGACAAUGAUUCAAAACUCAGUACAGGAAAUGUUAACAUUAUAAGGUGAACUGCAGUGGACUUACAUGUAUAUUUGCACCGUGUAAAGAUUUUAUAUAAUAGAUAUCAAUAAUCAAAUGUACCUCCUUUUACCAAAACUUUUUGAAGGAUAGCGUCAUCUAAAAGUUCAUUCCAUUUGGGAAGGAGAAGUCUAACAUAUCUUUGUGUAUCACAUGUAUUCAUUGAACACUACAGCAUUCUAUUCUGAUUUUAAAGUUGUGGGUUAACUAUGGAUAGCCAAACUCGACAUAAUCUCUUAGAGUAGUUAGCCAUUUAUCAACCCCUCUGGCUCAUAAAUCAUUAACGACCGAGUGAGAAGUACAACUGGAAGAGUCUUAAGCAGUAUUCAAGCAUAUGAAACCAGAGAAAACAUGGGAAAGUAAUUAAACAACUAAUUUCUGGCAAUUUGGCUUUCCAUAAUUUAAGCACAAAUUAGCACAACUUUAAGCAUGACUGGAACAUGUUCUUAGGCGGUAUAUCAGUUACAACGGGAUAUCAUAUAGCACAAGAAAUGGUCGUGCGUAAAGUCAUUCGUAACUUACGAACAGCUUUAUGAAAUGGACACCCAGUGAGGUGAAUGGGUACCCCUGGAAUUAAUUCCUUGAAAUGCUGUGUGUGCUUAUAGGCCACAAGCUUAAAGCCAGGGUAAUAAUAUUCAUGAUCUUUAGAAGCACAUAGAGACCUUAUAAUCAUGUGAUAUGCACUAUACAUAUCAUUACGAUCACUAUCAUUAUACCUUUAUAGUGGGUUAUAAAUUGUGAUAUAUCAAUACACAAUAAUUCAGUUUUCAUCAGAAUUUGACAUAGUGCCUUUCAGCAACAAGGACUUUUAUGGGGUUUAUCUGAAGUUAUGAAAAGACAAGCAUCAUUAAUAUUUGUGCAAUUUAAAUAAAAUUUACUUAUUUUCUUUGCUUUUUAAUAAUGUACAUGAGUUGGCAAUGUAAUGAGAAGGCAGUCCUUUUGCAGGUUUUUUUUCAUUGAUAUUUUAAACUUUCAGGGUUUAUUAUACUAGACACAGUUGAGAUAUAUAUGCUAUCAGGAAUUCUGUCUUUAUUUUAUCACAACUCUUUUCUUUUUCACUUUGACGCUGAAGUGAUAGCUGUAAAUCUGAAAUUUCUUUCAGAGUCAAAUAUGUACAAAUUUGGAAAGUUAUCCUUAUCAAGUUUUAUGAAUGAAUAUGAAGUAAUAGUCUUAAUUGGAAAACCAAAUUUAUUGUUAAUAUGAAGGGGAUCAAAUCUGGAAUGUAAUCUCUAGCAAUUUGUAUGUUUGGUUUGAUUAUUGCAAUUCAUUGUUCAUGUGAUAUUCAUGAAAACCUGAAAAUAUGAUUGAAAAUAUAAUUGUGUGUAAAUUGCACAAAUAAUAAUUUGAACUUA